AUGCCGUCGCCCCGCUUCGUGGUCUGCUUGGCCCAUUUCUGUGAAAUCCACGGGCCCUCCACCAUUAUAUGCACCCAGCGACAGACAAGCACGGGCCCCAUGCUGACAUCAACUCUUUCCCUGUGUGAAAGCUGUGCCCUAAUAUUACCCAAAGACGCCACUAAUAUAGUGACGGAUGUGGAAUAUGGCGCAAGCCCACAAUGCUACAUUUCCACCAAGUACCCCCAGUCCCCACGGCUCUACACGUCUCUUAUGAAACUAGUGAUGAAAUGCUUGUCCGUAGAGGCCACGGCCGACCCACUGAAACCGCUUUUCUAUGGGGACGCCACCAACGGUUUCUGCCUCAGCAAGGUGUUCAGCAUUCCAGAUCUACAUGCCCGCGGAGCCGAGCGCAAGUACGCGUUUUUGGUUUUGUGUGACUCGGAAACCCGUCUCUUGGAACGGUGGCAUUUCGUGUCCAGUUAUAUCUCUGAAAUGAUUGCAUUUUUGCAGACCAAGGUCGAGGCCGUGCGAGACCAGGCGAAAAUCGAGAGCCUUGACAAUGAGCGGUAUUUGCGGCGCCUGAAAAACAUGCCGCGGAGCCUAGUGGAGUUGGCUGGCGACAAGGAGUUGUUUGUGAGGCUACAUCUCUGUGGCAUUGAGCUACUACGCGACGUUCGGUGA